GCUACGUGCCGCCUAUCAGCUUUGGCGGCGGAGAGCUUGGAGCGUCGCGGAGGCGCAGCGCCUCAGUUGUGUCAGCGCGUGAUGUGUUGUUGUCGCCCUUGUUUGCGGACUUUUUGACUGACGCGAUCCCGUUUUUUUUGUUGCUUUCUUCUUAUUUUUUCUUAUUUUUUUCUCUCCUGUUGCAGCCACAGAUUUACAGGAUCCUCCUCAUCCUCCUCAUCCUCAUCAUUACUGUGGUCACGCGGAGGCAAAAGCUGUGGAACAAGAAGACGAGGCUUUGAUUCUGAUUUUUUUUUUCUUCCUCUGAAAAUCAACCGUGUCGGGGUUUUUUUUUUUCUUUCGCAUACGCGGAGCUUCUGCCGCUCACUACCGCCACCGCUGCCGCGUCUGUCCGGGAGAGAGACACCGACAGAGACAGCAGCCAGCACCGGGAGAGGGAGAGAGAGAGAGAGAGAGAGGCAGUGACUGCCGCGCUUCCUUCCAUCUUCUCCUCUUUUAUUCAUCCACUCUCUGGCUCUUCCUCGCGUUUGAUUUCUUCUCCAAAGCUGCCGCCGCCUCCUCCGCCUCCUCCUCCUCCGCCUCUCUCCACCCUCACCUCUCUAUGUGGGAGCCGUGAGCGCGCACCCACUGGGGGGCAAAACUGUGCAUCAAAGCUCCGCGGAUUCCCCCGGACCCGCCGGAUCAGCGGCGCCGGCGACAGCAGCCCACGAUGCCGCGGAGGAAGCAGCAAGCGCCGCGGCGCGCCUCAGCGUACGUCCCCGAAGACGAGAAGGAAGCAGCACUCAUGGACGAGGACCUGGACGGAGACGACUCUGCUCAGGAAGGCGACGAACCAGCAGCCAAGUUCCUCUGUCAGGACAAGGACUACCUUCUGAAGGACAGACCAGGAUCCACCGGCUUCCACGACUCCCCCAGUGCUGCGGACUUUUCCGGUCAAGAGCUGGACAGCGAGUCUCAUGUGAGCGAAUCCAGUGACAGAAUGUCAGACUUUGAGAGUUCGUCACUUAAGAACGAGGACGAUGUCCUCCUCUCUAAAGAUCCCUCAAACGCUCUGUCCCUGUCUUCCCCGUCCGUCCUCAUGGCCGCUGUCAAUGCCACCGCGGCAGUCAGUGGAGAUGAGGCCAUGUUAGCCACGACAGGAUCCGUGGCGGACAGCCUGGAAAAGAUGAAGGCUAUUUACACCUCUUUCUUGACCAACUCCUAUUGGUCCACACUGAAUCUGAACCUGAGCCAGCCCCCUGCAGAAAAACCCCCGCGCAGUCACAGCAGCAGCAGCAGUAGCAGCAGCAGCAGUAGCUGUGGGAGUGGCGGCUACGACUGGCAUCAGACAGCGAUGGCUAAAUCCCUGCAGCAGGCCUCGCAGAACCACCACCACAACAGACUGGGCCUGGUUCAGCACCCCGCGGUGGCUGUGUCCACAGCCUCCACAGAACCGAACCUCUUCAGCACCGUCCAGCUGUACCGACAGAGCUCCAAGCUCUACGGCUCCAUAUUCACGGGCGCCAGCAAAUUCCGCUGUAAGGACUGCAGUGCAGCCUACGACACGCUGGUGGAGCUCACGGUGCACAUGAACGAGACGGGCCACUACCGCGACGAUAACCACGAGACGGACAGCACGGGCGCUAAGCGGUGGUCCAAACCCAGAAAGCGUUCCUUGUUGGAGAUGGAGGGGAAGGAGGACGCACAGAAAGUGCUGAAGUGCAUGUACUGUGGGCACUCGUUUGAAUCCCUUCAGGACUUAAGUGUCCACAUGAUCAAGACGAAACACUACCAGAAAGUGCCUCUGAAAGAGCCGGUUACACCCGUGGCAGCUAAGAUUAUCUCCACGGCUCGAAAGAGAGCCCCCAUUGAACUGGACAUCCCUAGCUCGCCGGACUCUAAUGGAGGGACCACACCUAAGCCAAUGUCCCUCAGCGACUCUAAUGACAUUCUCCAGAAGGUUGCUAACCCUUACAUCACACCAAACAACCGAUAUGGACACCAGAAUGGUGCCAGCUAUGCCUGGCAGUUUGAAUCCAGAAAGUCACAGAUCCUCAAAUGCAUGGAGUGCGGAAGCUCCCAUGACACGCUACAAGAGCUAACUGCUCACAUGAUGGUGACUGGACACUUCAUUAAAGUCACUAACUCCGCUAUCAAGAAAGGGAAGCCCAUUAUCGAGUCCCCCACCUCAGUCCCAACAUCUAAUUCAACAAUUGAGGAAAAGUUCCAGUCUGUUCCUCUGGCUGCCACAACGUUCUCUCCUCCACCUGCUCCUGUGCCUCCUCCCACCAGCAUCUCCCCCACUGCCAUGGCUGUGGAGAUAAAAAAGGAGGAAAAGGAGGAGGAAUGUACUAAGGCGCCCAUCGUCAACAACGGUAAUAUUCUGAGCAAGGAGAAGAAGGCGGGGGCUGAGGAGGAACCAGAUGAGAAGUUUGACAUCUCUUCAAAAUACUCCUAUCUGACUGAAGAGGACCUGGAUGCCAGUCCAAAAGGGGGUCUUGAUAUCCUCAAGUCGUUGGAGAACACGGUGACAUCAGCCAUUAACAAAGCCCAGAAUGGUGCUCCGAGCUGGGGUGGAUAUCCCAGCAUCCAUGCAGCCUAUCAGCUUCCAAACAUAAUGAAGCUCUCUCUGGGAAAUUCUGGGAAGAGCUCUCCCCUCAAAUACAUGUUCCCUCCAGGGGAGAUCCUCUCCCCGAGUGGCAAGAACCAGCCACUGAUCUCUCCUCCCAGCUGCCAGACAUCUCCUUUACCCAAAAACAACUUCCACGCCAUGGAGGAACUUGUCAAGAAAGUGACAGAGAAAGUGGCUAAGGUGGAGGAGAAGAUGAGAGAGCCCAGUGGGGUCGUGAGGGGAUCUCCUCUGAGACACGGCACGCCCUCACCUUGCAACAGUGAGGCGGGGGACUCCGCACGAGGAGAGUCUCCAAAAGCAAACCGAGCAGAGGGGUGUAAAACACCUGAAAAUACAAACGGAGGGGAGAAGGUUGUAGGAAAUGGAGCCAAUCACGGAGAAUCAAAUGGAGACAUUUCCAUAAAAGAGUCUGUGGAGAACGGAGUAGAGUCAUCGGCCGUGACUUCACCUCAGUCUUCCUCGUUAGCGGGCAGCACUGCUAUCAUCACAGACCAUCCACCUCCAGAGCAGCCAUUCAUCAACCCUCUCAGCGCGCUGCAGUCUGUAAUGAACGUCCACCUGGGGAAGGCGGCAAAACCAGCCUUACCUUCCUUAGACCCCAUGAGCAUGCUGUUCAAGAUGAGCAACAGUCUGGCAGAGAAAGCAGCGGUGGCAGCUUCAACCCCACCAGCACAGACCAAAAAGCCCAGUAACGAUCACUUGGAUCGCUACUUUUAUCAACAGCAUCUAAACAACGACCAGCCCAUCGAUCUCACCAAAGGCAAACACGCUGACAAAAACGGCAGCGGUGGUUCGACAACACUCUCUUCAGCUGCUUCCACCCCGUCCUCGCUUCCUCCCCCGUCCACCGUCACCAUGACCAAAGCUUCAGCUGCAGUAGCCUCCUUCAUGUCCUCCUCCCCUUUGAGGGAAAACGCCCUGUCGGACAUCUCCGACAUGUUGAGGAACCUGACAGAAAGCCAGGCUCUCUCCAAGUCCUCCACGCCCACCAGCCAGUCCGAGCGCUCCGACAUCGAAGGUAUCACACAGGACGAUACGGAAGACGUCCUGCCCUCCCAGAAACGUAAAGGUCGCCAGUCGAACUGGAACCCUCAGCACCUUCUCAUCCUGCAGGCCCAGUUUGCGUCCAGUCUGAGACAAACAAAUGACGGCAAGUACAUCAUGUCAGACCUGAGCCCACAGGAGAGAAUGCACAUCUCUCGUUUCACUGGCCUCUCAAUGACCACGAUAUCCCACUGGUUGGCUAAUGUCAAGUACCAGCUAAGGAGAACGGGUGGCACCAAGUUCUUGAAAAACUUGGACUCGGGCCACCCGGUGUUCUUCUGCAGUGACUGCGCGUCGCAGAUCCGCUCGCCGUCCACCUACGUCAGCCACUUGGAAUCCCACUUGGGCUUCCGUCUGCGAGACUUGGCCAAGCUUUCCGGGGAGCAGCUGCUCAGCCAGAUUUCGCAGCACCAUCAACAGCAACGCCACACCAAAGGACUAUCUGAAAAGCUGCUCUCCAGUCUCCACUUGUCCACCCACCCUUUACCGUCCUCUCUACCCAUCUCCCUUGCGUCUUCCUUGACCACCUCCCUGUCCUCGACUAAAUCCCCACCGCCGUCCCCCGGCGACGACAACGACGACAGCGGGGCCACGUACCAGUGCAAGCUCUGCAACCGGACUUUUGCGAGCAAGCACGCUAUCAAGCUUCACCUGAGCAAGACUCACGGGAAGUCGCCCGAGGACCACCUCAUGUACGUGUGUGAGCCGGACAAACAGUAGCACCGGCUGCGGACAAAAACACGCUGCACUCUUUCGUAAUGGCUCACUGUCUUUUUGCUCUUUAUCCUUUUAUAGACUUUUCUUGGGAAGAAAAGAAAGGAUUCAUAAUGUGACGGAACUGCACAAAGACGCCAUACAACUACUGCUUUACAUUUUUUGGCACAUGGUUUUCAAUUUUGUGUUUUCUUUCGUGUCAGCGUGAGGUCGACUCACUCUGGUCUAAACCACUCGGAUCUCCGACGAUCCGAGUGCGUGAAGUGAUCUCCUCGACAGGACCAGUGAAUUUUUUUUCCGCUGUCGCUGAGAAGACGCAGUGAAUGAAGGUUUUAAAAAAAGAAAAAGAGAUUCUAAAAAUGAACUGUGUGUAUUUUGUGUACAUGGAAAUUAAGUUCCUUUUAUAUUUUGGCAUCACGGGGGUGUGAUACGCUGCAUGCAUAAAUGAAAACAGUUGAGUUGAACUUUUUCUAACUAAACCUGGUGCACUUUUCAUGAUUUUGUUUUUCCCUUUUCAUGUUUUCACUCUUCUGCUCGCUCUAUUGUUGUUUUGUUUAUUUUUAUUAUUAUUUCUAUUUGUUUUUUGUUUUUUUUUAAUGAACAUUUUCGUGCUGAGGUCAGCGUUUAAGAUUUAACCCUCUGAGUACGUCAAAGCACUUCUACACCUACGAUCCAAACACGAGAGACCGAAGAUUUGGGAUUGGGAAUAAGUGAAGCUAUUGUGAGAAUUCACGUGUCGGCGAUUCCUGUUUGAGGUGAAAGAGAAAAAGUUGUGGUGGUGCGAGGUACUGACACAAAGUCAGUUCUGUGACUGUUCGUAAAAUAUUACAAUGACACAAAACAAACGUUUUAUCAGAGAUUGGGAUUAUAAAAACAAAUCAUUUUUCAUCUAAUGACGACCUCAUUUGUGGUGCAUCUGUCAAUUUAGUCAAUGGAUCUUUUGUGUUUGCAGAAGUGGUGAAAAUUUACGAGUUUCCUUGAAUGGAUCUCGUAGCUGCUGCCGGAGAAUUGGUGAAUAACAAAUGGAGUGCCCUUCCCUUGAAUAUAGUUAUUUAUUUUAUUAUUAAAUAGCUAACAUACGUUGUGUCCCCUCUGGCAGCCGUGUAGCUUUGUGUCAGUGCCUCACACAACCACACUUGAAAAAGCCUGAACUAAUCUUUUCACACAUGUCUGGAAGACGCUCACAGGACUCGACACAAGCACAUUGUAGCAAUGUGGUCAAAAUGUGGUAUGAAGAAAAAAGAAAAAGGAAAAUCUUAAGUCUUUUACUUUGGUCGAUCAGGGACCUUUGUUCAUUCAGGUCUGUGUAAAAUAUGUAAAUAAAAACCUAUAAAAAAAAAAUAAUUCCUGUCUAAAUUAUGCAUCAUUUCUAUAUUUUUAAUUUAAAAGGAUUAUGACUAUCUGCUGGUGCACAGUAUAUGAGGACAUAAAUGAAAUUGUUUUGCACAAUAGUUUUAUAAAUGUGUUAUUUAAUCAAAAUGGGGGGAGAAAAAAAAUGGUAAGAUAACAAAGGGAUGACGCCGGGUGAUUCUUUUCAUUCUGACUCGUGCUCAAAGGGUUAAAGACACUUCUGUUCAUGUGCCGCUGUAUGAACACUAAAAAGAUAUUAAAGGUUGUACAAAAAAAAGAUGUUACUUUAUGAAGAUAUUUCACUUGUAAACUGUUAUUUAUAAGCACUCUUGGUUGUUUCAUAUUGGUGAAUGCCUUUUUGAUGAUGAUUAUUAUUAUUUUGUUUUGUAUUUUUUGUUGUUUGUUUCUUUUUUUCCGUCUUAAUUGCUCUGCCAUGAUUCCACACUGCAGCUUUAUCUUUUACGGGAUAUGAAAGGUAACCAUGGUUACGCUAACCCCCUUGAGUGACAAGUCCUGCUACGUGUCUGGCAGUUCAUUUGCUGAAGUAAACUGACAGCUGCCAGUGUCGAGAAAUAUUU